AUGUCGGACAGGCAUGUCUCAUUCCAGCUCUCAAACCCGGCUAAGAGCUCAUCGAGAAGUUACCGCAGCCGCGAACCGGGACAUGACUCAGGCUUGGGUUCGUCUUCUAGUGAACAGGCUAGUCUAGGUGGCAGACCUGAUCGUAGAUUCACAGCAGAGGACUACCACGACCAACUCUACAGCGUCGGUGCUCUCCAGGAGGCACUGGGUCAAGCGAACAAGAAAGUCGAGCAUUGUCAAAAGAAGUGUGCCGAUCUGGACAACGAGUUAACCAGAUCCCACAGAAAUCUUCGGGACACAGAGAGACUCUACCGCGAAGAGUGCGAGAAAAAUGAGAGACUCGAAAAAGUCAAUAAAGAACUCGAAGAUGACAAAUCCGCUCUACAGAUACAGAUAAAAGAACUUAGGAUUGACUACGAUCAACUAAAGGAUGAAUGCGACGACUAUCGACACCGCUACCGUGCCAUCACAGAUUCCCCUAUCGACGACACCAUGAGCGGCGCUAAUGGAGAGCCUUUAUCCAGAGUAAGACGGUCGGGGAGCAGGCAUGACAAGAGUCGCAGAGAAUCGAAAGGCACCAGUAGGAGGCAUGCCGAAUCCAGUGAAGAGAGACCUGGACCAUCACGUCGACGAAAUUCGAUUAGCGUCAACCCAGGUGCUCACCUAAGCAGCAGUAGAGCCUACGUCGAAAAGAUGCCAAGUCCGCAGAGACACUCGGGCAACUACACGGUCGAUCUAGCAUCGGGUCCUAUGGAUCCAUACUCCAACGUCCCUCGAACUCCCCGAUCUGCAGCUCAAUCGGGUUACCAUAGCGCCAGCGAUGCUCCGCCCACGGGGAACUACAUCCAAUACCCAAUACAAUACCCAACUUACGAACGUGGCCAUCGAAGGAUUUGA